AUGGCGACUACUGCGAUGGAUUAUGAGAACCCUGGCGGUGAUCGUUUCGAGGACGAGGGUCCUCGCUAUGAGCGUGACAACCGCAGCGCCUCUCCCCGAAGCGACAACGGCCACGAUAGCGCUCGUCGCCGUUCCGCUUCGCCUGGUGGCGACCGCGGCCCAGUCAAGGACGACGGUGGUGGUUCCAGGGACGGCGAGGGUGCCGUCAACUCUGGCUCCAACCUGUUUGUCACCGGCAUCCACCCCAAGCUGAGCGAGGAUGAAGUCACCCGACUCUUUUCCAAGUACGGCAAUGUCGAGAAGUGCCAGAUCAUGCGCGACCCUCACACCAAGGAGUCCCGCGGCUUCGGUUUUGUCAACUUCAUGACUUCCGAUGAGGCCGAUGCUGCCAGGGACGGCCUGCAGGGCAAGGAGCUCGAGGGACGCACCCUUUCUAUUGAGAAGGCCCGUCGCUCCCGUCCUCGCACGCCUACUCCUGGCAAGUACUUCGGUCCCCCCAAGCGCGAGGGUGGCGGCCCGCCUCGAGGCCGUUUCGGAGGAGACCGAUACGGAGACGACAGGCGCGGAUACGGUGGCGGCCGCGGAGGUCGUUACGAUGACCGUGGCUACCGCGGCUACCGCGACCGCGACGACCGUGGAGGCUAUGACCGUGGUUACCGCGAUGACCGCGGCGGAUACGACCGGGGAUACCGCGACGACCGUGGGGGCUACGACCGUGGCUACCGCGGCGAUGAUCGUGGAGGCUACGACCGUCGAGACCGAGACUUUGAGGGCGGUGGCGGAAGAAUCGACCGCUACGCCUCUUCGGGACGCGACGACCGCUACGGCGGCGGUGGAGGAGGCCCGCGAUUCGACCGUGCUCCUCCUCGCGAUGCGCCCGCGCCCGGCGGCUACGGCGAGGGUGCCGACCGCCCUGCGCGCUGA